AUUACCGUGUGUUAGGUCACGGAGACCUCUUGCUCUUCAGCUCUGAGUCGCUUUGUGAUGCUUUAUUUUUAUAGUAUUACGAAACAGUUUAACUUUUAUUACGACCAACUGCUGAACUGGUUGAUUAGUAGAAGCCACGUGCCCGUUAUUGUUUAUUUACGUAUCAAUACCAGAUUAAAUCGGGCACGUGUCGGUCGAAGGUGUUAUCGUCAACAGUUUACUUCCGGUGUCAUGGCAGCGCCCACUGAUUAUUCCUCGUAUUGAUCAUUUCAUGAAAUAGUCUGUCUUCUGCCACCAAAUUGUUUGGUUUCAAGGUUUCUUCAUUGAGAACAUGGAAGAGCUUGUACCAUUAAUACAAAAACUAAAGUUAGCUGAUGAAGACCUGAAGAAAGAGACAUGUCUAGAGAAUUUAGCAAAACUUGUAUCAGAAAAUGAGGAAAAAAGUGAAGAUAUUGCUGUAUUAUUGGUUGACAGUGGUAUACUCGAAAACAUGAAACAGUUAUUAGAAGAGUCCAAAAGUCCGCAGUUAUCUGCAAAAUGUGCUCAACUUAUUGCUGAACUGGCAAAAUCAGAAUCUUUAAGACAGCCUUUAGUUGAUUUGGGAUUUAUAAGCCCCUUGUUGAAAUCUUUGACAAGCGAUUAUCUACCGUUACCAACCCAGUCUUGUAGAGCUCUUGGUAAUAUUUGUUAUGAUAAUGAUGCUGGAAGAAAUGUGAUUGAUGAAAGUGAUGGUAUCAAAUUAUUAACAGAUCUACUAAGAUCACAAUUAAAAGUAGACAGAGAGGGCUCAGAGAAAUUACGAACCAUAGCUUGUGGUUUUCUAUUAAAUCUCACAAAUACACAUGAUGUUUUACAAGAGAAGGCUUUAGAUAAUGGUGUAUUGGAUAUAUUAGAUGUUUGUUUGACUAAACAUCUUGAUGAUGAAGGAUUGACCAAUAUGACCUUAUUAACCUUCAGUAGUUUAUCUGACUCAGAUUCUGGUAGAGAGAAAAUCAGUGAAUGUGCUGCACUGACAACAUUGGUAGAUCUAUUGGUGAAAGAUAAAGCUCACAUACAUAUAGAAACAAUAUUAGAUAUACUCAUUACACUUACUGAAUGUGAAACAAUCAAAGAAAAUUUAGCAAGUACUAAUUUAAGUAAUCAUUUGAUUCAAAUAAUCCAAUCAAAUGUCGGAAAGUCAGAUUCAGACAGUCAACAGAAAAUCAAAAUGGCAUCUGAUCUGAUGGUGUCAUUGCUAGUUGGUGAUAAAAGUAUGGAGAUGUUAUUUGGUAAUGGUGAUGGUCAAGUAUUUGUAGAAUCUGUGAAAUGGUUGUCAAGUGAAAACGACCAUCUUAAAACAUCAGGAGCAUUAGCUAUUGGUAACUUUGCAAGAAGUGAUGAACAUUGUCGUCUCCUUGUUGAGAAUGGAAUUGUUGAACACCUAUUGAAAUUGUUGGAAGUACUUCCUACAGAUAGCAAUAUGACCCUUUUACAUGCUGCAUUAAGUGCUCUGCGAAAUUUAGCUAUCCCAGCAUCCAAUAAACCAAGACUUUUAGAGGCAGGUGUAAUGCCUUCAGUAUUGAAAUUAGCUAAUACUGAAUCAAUGCCAGUGGUAUUUAAAAUAUUGGGGGUUUCCCGAAUGUUAAUAGAUGGACAAGAAGAAGCAGCUAAAAUGUUAGGUGGAGAAAAAGAUUUUUUAGUACAUGUAGUAGAAUGGUGUGAUGUAGAAGAACAUGCAGGGGUUAGAGGAGAGGCAACACGACUUCUGGCCUGGUUAAUAAAAAAUAGUAAAUCGCCAGAAGUGAUGAAAAAUAUUAUCAAAUCUGAUGGAAUACAGUAUCUGGUUUCCAUGGCAACAUCAGAACAUGUUGUCAUGCAAAAUGAAGCUUUAAUAGCUCUGACCUUAAUCUGUUCAACUGUUUUAGAGGAUGCUGCAGAUCAGUUAAAAGAAGCCGAUUUGGCUAAAACAGUGACAGAUAUUUUAAAGAAUUCCUCCACAUUACCUGAGAUUUUAUACAAUACAUUAACAUUAACUAAAACUAUAUGCAGUGCUGCCUCUCCAACAAGUCCUCAAAUGUUACGAUGUAGUUUAUUGGCUUGUACAGGGUUUUUAUCCGAUGUUCAGAGUAAUUUAAGAGAAGAGAUUGUAACAUCAGGUAUUGCUGACACUAUUAAACAACUUGUUCAACAUAAAGAUCCAAAAGUACAAGAAGCAGCUAAAACUGUCCUUGAUUUUAUUGAAGAAGCUUCUGCAAACACAUGAAUUUAAUUCAGUAUUUUAAAAUGUAUGUUAAAGAAAUAUACAAAUUACUUUAAGGAAACAUAUGGCUGACUUAAAGCAUGUGCUAUUCCUGUUUUGUGGAACUUUUCAUAAUGUUUGAAAAAAUCUCAUUCUAUUUAGUCACUGAAUUUAUUUCUAACUUUUGUGAAUUGUACAUUUAUUUGUUGAUCUUGGGACAAAAAAUCUCAGAUAAAUAUUUUGAUUCUGACAGUUAUUUACAAGUUCAAAAUUAAUGCAUUCCCUUAUACAGGUAGAUCCAAGAGCACAAAUCAAAACAUAGUUAAAAACAUUCCAAAUUUAAAUAGUGACUGUUAUCUACUUAAAAAAUUUAAAACAUAAUGGAAACUCUAUGGUCAAGAUAUUUGUGUAACCUGUGUGUACAAAUGUAGAAUUGACAUUCCAUUACAUAAGAAUAUCAAGCACAGCAUGUACUUAUCACAUGGUAUGAUUACAAGGGCCCAGCUAAGUCCACUUCAAUAUUGAUUGCCUAGAUUAAAUUCUUUGAUUGUUUAUGUUACAGUAAGAUGUUGUUUGUACUCUCACAAAAAAUACAUCACAAAUGCUAAGACUUUUGUCCUAUCGCAGGUUAUCAUAGCAUAUCAUGAUGAAAAUCACAGUUGGUGGGACCAGCUUUAUCUAUGUUAUUUCUCAGACUAAUGAUUUGAAUGAGUCUUAAAAAUAUAUUUGAGGGCCCAAAAACAUAACCACUGGAAAAUAUAUUAAAACUACUGAGAAAAAAAAUAUUUGUUGCUAAAAACAUAAUAGCUAUGUAUGGAAAACACUAUUCAAUCUAAAAACAUCACUAGUACAGUUAUCACUUAGGGUGUUUGUGUGAAAUUUAUUUAACAUUCGCUUCCACGAUGUAGUGAGGUCUUUCACUUAAUAGCGAUUGUAGAAGUCUGUUGUAGUUGCUAGCUAUACACUGCAUUCAUAACAUGUAGUUCACAUACUAACGACCAACAGUUUCUUUCAUAUUUUAUUUGUUUAGGUCUAAGAAAAAUAGUUAAGAGUAAGUUUUAAGGUUGCACUAGAUGAUCUAAUUAAACCUGAGAGAAGGGAACAGUUCUUUUUUAACAUAAAGAUAAUAAAUUUACAAUCAGGAACAUUGAUAAUAAAGCAAGUAUGGUCUAUAACUCUGUAUAGGCUAACAGCAAUGAAAAAGGUUUAAGUUCUCUUGAAUAGGGUUCUAAAUUAUGAUUGACAACUGAUAGAAUGUUUACAGUUGUUAUUAAGGAAGUAGUAAUAUAAUUCAAAUUGUCUUAUCUAUUUAUAUUUAUUGGCAAUAUUACAGCUUUUAAUUGUUCUAUCAUAUUUAUUGAUUUAAUUAAUUUUCCAAAUUGAUAAUAAUAUUACAGCUUUUCAUUGUGUAUCAUAUUUAUUAAUUUAAUUUACUUUCCAAAUUGGAAAACAAAUAUUAAUUGUAAAUAUGUUGGGGCAUUUCCACUCUAUAUAUAUUUGAUGAAAUCUUUAUGUAUAUUUAAAAUAUAUAUAUUAUAAAUUGAGAUUGUGUUAAAGACUGGUUAUUAUAGCUUGCCAUUUUGUUGUUGUUGUUAUUGUGUACAUUGUUAAAUUGGUGGCUUUCACUUGUAUUUUAAACCAAUAUAUUUUAUUGUCAAUUUUUUCACUUUUUUAUAUAUAAAAUUGAUUAGUUUUAUUGUUACAGUAUAGAAAUAUGUUCAUUCUCUUGUAUUGAUGUUUAUAAUAAUCCCCUGCUGAUCAAUGUUGUUCUUUUCAAUUUUUAUCAGUCAACAAACAGUCAGUCUUCUUACAGAACAUAUGAUUUUAUAAAUCAAGUCAUCUGUUACCAUACUGUAUCUGUCUAAAUUUGACUAUAGUGAACUGAUAACUUGAUGUGAUUUGGCAUUCUUAAGCCAAUGUAAGAUGUGUGAAGACAGGGUGGGGAUGUGAGGCUUAUUUAUGUGCAAUUUACAAGACAGGCCACAUGAUCCAUGCCCCCCAUAUGUACAGGUGAAAAUCUGCAAAUCCGUUGUUCCCUGCCCUAUCUCUAAGCUGCCCACCUCACCAAGUCAGAUUCAAAAUUUUUGUUAUUGUUGUACAAGGUUACAAUAAUUGUCAUGACAAUAUAUGAUAUCCAAUAGGUAGGAAUGGUUUAUGAUAAUAAUAUGAUUGCUACAACCAGGGUACUGACAUCAACUUGUAUUCAAUUUUCUUACAUAUUUUCAAUAUUAUUCAUGUACUUUCUGUGUAAGCUUUUUUUUUUUAGUGUGUAUGUUUGUGUCAAAAGGCAGAUAAAAUAUUGUUAAAUAAACAAAU